CAAGCAGGCCAAAUGUCAUCGGGAAAUUCUAGGUUAAGUGUGAUUUGUUUUCAGGACUUGUGCUAAUUUUUUCAAGAGAAAUUUUGCUUCAGAAAUCAAGAUGAAUUUUUUGAAUAUCACUGAUAUGGACUGGCAUUUAAUCAAAUGCGUUGGCUAUUUACAUUCGGGUGAUUCUCUUACAAAAGACAAUGCAGUAGCUUUGCAAUCAUUUCUGGAAGAAUCUAUCAAAAACAAAUAUGGGAUUGCCAAAGAUUUCACACACCUUGUUUCAACUUGUAUAAAGCCAGAGUGUAUUGAUAGGGUGGAGGAAUAUAAGCCUAUGCUCAAUAUUUAUGAAGACAGUAAAGCGUCUAAUUCAGAUAAUGAGCUAGAGUUGGAUUUAUUGAAAGAAGAUCUUAUGUGUGUUGUUUGUGAUGGUAUGGAUGUUGCUGCGAAGAAUCAACUUCUUGAAUGUUCACACUGUCAUGCACUCUAUCAUCAGGAUUGUCAUGAACCAUGUGUGACUUCCCAGGACUCAUUUGAGAGCUGGGUUUGCUCUACCUGUAAGGACGUAAAUAAAAAAACAAAACUAUAUAGUUCAUCUUCAAAUAAUGCUACCUCAAGUACUUCUCAAUCUGUAUCUUCGGUGACUUCUUCAAAUUUGAAACUAACACUUUCAAAGAGUUCAAGUCACAGACAUAGUGGCAGUGGUUCUAAUGACAACUAUAAAUCUUCAAGUGAUAAAUCUUCUAAUGGAAAUGCAUCAUCCUCAUCAAAAUCCUCCAGUUCUUCAAUGUUGAAAUCGCAGUCAAGUGGUAGCUCAAGUUCAAGAAAUGUAACACCAAAUAUAAAUAUCAUCAGCGCUGAUAAACGUAUACAAAAUAUGAAGAAGAAAGCUGCGAAAUUACAAGAAAAGAGGAAACUUCCUAAAAUAUGUUGAAUACAUAUUCAAUUCAAAUUAAAAGAAUAUCAUGAAGGAAAUGCCAGUCAAUAUCAUAAAACAUCGUUUGAUUAAAUACUGUGAAGAAUUCCUAGAUUAUUGAAGGAAUUAAGUAAAAUUAUAUUACUGUAUUGAUACAUUGAUUGAUUAAUUGAUAUAAUUGAUGAUUUAGAUUUAUUUACAAGAGCCCAUUUGUAAGAAUAUUUGAAAUUCGUCCCAUAAAAUUAUGAAAUAUUUGUAAUAUUCUUAUGAAGAGACUGAGUUUUUUCAUCAUCAUAAAUAAAGGCCAUUGUUUUCCAAAAA